AUGCCUGUCCGAUCUACGCGACGCAACUACUCCAGCACGUUCAAAACUCGUUUACAAUCCGUUUUCACCACAAAACCAAACGCGAGCAAAGGAGUAGGAUCUCCUCCGCCACCCAGCCAAGACGAUAACACAGGCGAUGUCAUCACACAAUCUUCUCAAUUACCUUCUGGAUCGUCGACGAUGGGAGUUAUUGCUGCGCAAAGACGUGAUGUGUUUCGGAACCCCCAUGCAACCGCGACCGAAUCGACGAAAUCAUCCGUAGCCGCCCCCUUGGUGAAGACUUGUCUUGCCGCGCUGGGUGGUAUUCUGAGGGACAUGAACUUACCAGGCGCAUCUGCAUGUCAACUAGUCAUCAAAGCUGUUGACAAAUAUGAGGAGACGCAGUCGAAUAUCGAUGCCCUGAAUUCUUUGAAAAGGCAAUGUGACCAUAUCUCUGGGGUGAUUGCGAAUGCAUUGAAGGGAAAGAAAGGUCCAGAACUAUCAGAGCAGCUGAAAGCUGCACUCGAGCACUUAGGCAGUCGUCUAGAAGUUGUUGUUGCGCCCUGCGAGGAAGAUCAAAAGAGGCACUUUCUCAUCAAGUUCCUCAACAGCAAUGAAUACGCUACUGGGAUACGUGAAACACUUGAGGAGGUAGGGCGACUGCUCGUCGUGUUUGUGGCGGAGGUUACGCUUGCCGGCCAUCUUACGCUUACAAGGAUGAUCGAGAACAGAGCGCUGGCCAACAACAUCAAAUCACUCCCCCAUGUCGGCGCAGCCUACGAUAGCAACAAUGCGAUCAACCGAAAGAGGACGAUGUGUCUCCCUGGUACUAGAAUAGACAUCCUCAAGGAAAUCGGUCGCUGGGCAGUCACCUCAAAUGAGAGACCUAUUUACCUACUUACUGGCCACGCUGGCUUCGGAAAGUCGACAGUAGCGCGGACGGUCGCAGAGCGUACGGACGCUUUUCAUAUUCUUGGCGCCUCGUUCUUCUUUUCAAGGGACGCCGCUCAAUUGAAGAGUAACAGUCUCUUCUUUUCCACUGUCGCGUACCAGCUGAGUGUCUUCGAUGAAGCAUUUGCUGCGGCGAUUGGGCGUGCGCAGCAGUCGCUAAAGGCACUGGAUGCAGUGGAAAAGUCGCCAGCUGCCCAACUUGAGAAACUCAUUAUUGAGCCUCUCGAAUCCUUCAACACCAUAUCACAUACCAUUCUGAUAGUUGUCGACGCGCUGGAUGAAUGCGAGGACUUUGAGUCCUCAGAAGGGGAGAAUUGGCGUCGUGACAUCUGGGACGGGCUGGUGACCCUCGUCGAGAGGUUGACAUUCAUUCGCAUCUUCUUCACUUCCAGACCACACCAGCAUCUGUCCACCCUCAUUGCGAACAACCCUCUGCUCUAUGUCAACAAUACAUCUGUCCAGGUAUCGGAUCCUGAUAUUAGCCGUUAUCUAAAGUACAAGUUAAUCGAGGCCCCCGACCCCGCGUCCCGGAAAUGGACCGCGAGCGAGUCGGAGAUUUCCUCGCUCGAGCGUAUGACGUCUGGGCUUUUUAUCGUCGCCGCAACAGCAGUCCGGUUUAUCUUGGAUCCACGAAGGGCCAUACCGCCGUCAGAACGCAUCCAGGACCUGAUGAUACAAGGAACGAUUGCAGGCCCCACGAGCUCAAACAAACUUGAAGCUGUCGACAAUAUGUAUAGCACCGUGCUUCAUCUAUCCCUUUCGCUGUGCGAUCCCGGCGAGCUAUUGCUAUUUCAGACCGUUGUCGGAACUAUCAUCUUCCUGAGAAAGCAGUUUCCCAUUACACACCUUGCUGUAUUCCUCGGGUUGGACGCCGCUAUGCUACGGAACAUCUUCGACAAACUCCAGGCCAUAAUCACGCUCACGGACGACACACCGCAGUUUCACAAAUCGUUCGUGGAUUAUGUCACUGACCCCACGCGCAGUGGGGACCUCUCUAUCCCUCGGUCUCGAGGAAACGCGAUCAUAGUCUUCCACUGUUUCCGCACCUUGGGCGAUUCUUCCUGUGCAGUCGACGACUUAGUCCAUUCGAACAUUACGCAUGCCAUCAUCUAUCUCCCUUUCUAUUGCUCGGCAGCUGAUCCAAGCAUUGUCAAAACUCUCAACGCGCGCGCCGACCUAUCCACCAACUUCUGGAUGGAGGUGGCGAUGUCUCUUGCUCUAGCCGUCUACACCGGAGAAGCCAUCUCAACUAUUGUGGGAUGCAUGGAAACCGAGGAGGGCAAUCAGAAACCGUUGGACGUAUUGAACAUUGACCUCCGUAGCAAAGAAAUACUCUCUGAGGAGACACUACGCCUCAUGCUGACCUCGAGGACCGUAAAUCUUCGGCACGCCCAUGACGGACACCUAUGGGCAGCCUUGCAAUACGCGAAGACGCUUCUUUAUCAUCUUUCGAAUCAUGCGAUGUGGGAGGAUCAUUGGAUUACCCCUUCUACGGAUUUCUGGCUGCGCUACAGCAACGCCCAAGGGGAUCGCCGCGACAAACUGUCAAAGGCGCAGGUCGUCGACUCGUUCUUAGGAAAACGCGGGGAUGAUUGGUGGGUGUCUGUCUUUGGCUUGGCUUACCGUACUUUUCAACCGACCGACGAGGCGUGGUCUAUCCUAAGGGAGAAGUUCAUAGAGUUGUCAUAG